GUGAGCAACGCUCCUGUGUUUUACAUUCGCGUAGUCAACACAACGGUGACUGCGGUCGUCGAGGGUUUCUCGGGGGGUAUGUAACGUCGGGUAAAGUGUAAUGUACGGGGGUUAGGGUAAGGAAUAAGUGAGAAGUAAAAUAGACUUUAUAUAUAGACGUUGAGUUGGGAGUUGAUUGAUAAAAAGAACGAAUGGUGCAACAGCGAAGGGUUUAUGUGGUGAAUUUGAUUAAUUUUUUUCUUGUUGAGAAUGGGUUAAGAUGUUGCGAGUUGGACGCUCGAUCGUUUGGGAGAGGGGUGUAUGGUGCGAGCAGGGCUGAGAAUAAGUUUAUUGAGGAAUUGAAGGGGUAGUAUUCAGUCGUGAAUGUGGGAAAGCAUCUUGGUUCUCGAAUCGCGAGUAUUCAUAAGUGAUUUGCCAUAAAAAGAACGGGAAAACACAUGAAUCACAAGAAUACAAGAACCAAGGAAAACGAAGUGGGGAAAAAUGAAAAAAGUGCGAGAGAGAUAGAACAAUUUGGGCUGCUAUAGUUUCGCGUGUGCGUGUUUGCCUGUGUAUAUAUUUUUGCCUAUGUGCCUCGUGCUGGACCAAGAUGGCGGCUCUCGAACAUAUGACAAUGACGACUACGGAUCGCGAGCCUACUAGACAUAAUGACGUGAAAUCAUCAAUAAAAUUUAAACUAUUAUCGAUCGGUGCAACUUUAUCUAGAUUAAUGAGACUUUCCGAAAUAAUGAAUCUAAAGAAUAUUACAAGCGCCUCCGAGCAUAGACCGGAAACGGGUGAUUGUUGUCGCCAACUCGAGUGGUCGUCUGUCAUUUCGCGUUUGACGUAUGCUUGUUUAUCAAUGAUAAUAACAUUUGAUAAGUCAACGAACUGUCGAGUACAGUGGUUUCUAUUGAUAAACAGUGGUUCGGAAUUUAAUUUAAUGAACUAAAGCGCGACUCGUUAAGACACGCGCGCGGCAAGGCCCGUUUGCGGGAUAUAAAUUCCCGCGGUAACGCUACCCGAAGCCAUGAUAAUAUACCGCGGCCGAUUAUGGCCACGAAGCAUCCAAAAAGUACGCGCUGGCGUUGCACCGGCUGCUGCGCCUUCGUGAACUCAACGACCAAUAUUGGCGAGUCUAAGUUCUGCAAAGAUUGCAACAACGGCUCCCCUCAGCAACAAGAUACGGAUACGACCGAUUUACCUCUGUCACCCAAUUCCCCGGAAGGCUCGCGUACCACGGAGCGUUCUGGUAUUUCCCGACCUUCCGAAUCUUCGCCCUUGUGCUCGGAAAGCACGUCACCCUCCUCGUCCUUGACCUCCUCUUCCUCCACCUCCGUACCUACCAAUCUACCUAUCAGCCAUAGCCUCACUGAAAAUGCUGUCCAGGAUGGAGCACUGUUCGAUGGCAGCCAGGAAAAUACUGGCGGAGCUGUCUUUUCGGAGGAACAACAGCAUACCUCGUUUAUUACUCUUGGUUUCGAGAUAAGCGAAUCAGCACCAGGAGCGGAGGAUCCGAAACGCGUAUUGUAUCGUCGUGGUUCUUGGUCGGGGCCUAGUUCAUCGGCGAAUAUAUCAGCGGUACCAAGGAGAUCGCCGUCUCUGCCGUUAUUGGUAACACGAUGGACGUGUAUACGUUGUUUGCAGACGAAUAGCUGCAGCGCCGCGCCUCUGUGCGCUGCAUGCGGGGCAAGUUCGUCGAUAGCGAAAACAAAUGGAAAGUUGAUUGGUGUCCGUCGUGGAAAGCGUUUGAAGGCAUUGAAAUUGGGUAGUACGCGACAGGAUUCAAGAUCAGAAAUAACGAGUACGCUGGGAGGAACGUCAGGACUGUCGUCGGGUCGUCGAAUGUUCGAAGCGGGUAUAACGAGCAUGGCGCAAUUGAGUGGCUUAAGCCGGAGUGGAGAUCGUGGCCAAACGAAUAGAGAAGAAUGGAGCUUACCGCCUGUAGAGACGAUGGAUUCCCCGGGGCUUUCAUAUGCGGGAAUACCCGAGAGUGCUCAAUGUUCACCAAAGAGACACGGUUCCUCGGUAUACGAGCGUGUCAAGUCGAAAGUCAGUAGAUCACUGUCGAAUGGAUCGGUCGUGCAGAAGCUCGGUGACCAUGCUAUCCAACGACCGACCAGUUUAAUAGUUUCAGAAGCGAAGCAUCACGACGAUGGACUUUGGAGUUGCGACAAUUGUACGUUGGAUAAUUCUUCGGGCUUGGAGCAAUGCGAGGCUUGCGACGCGCCGAGAACUUCGGCACCGUGCAGCGGCGUUGUUAUAAGCGUACCAUCUUGGGAACCGAGGCCUCUGUCCUCGGCAGGACCGUUGUCCUAUCGAAGAUCGUAUUCCGAAGUCGAUGCCGUUGCGAGAGCAACGCGAAAAAAAGUGGUCAAUCGUCGAAGUUUGAACGACGACGAUCCACCGGCGGUACCACCCCACUCAAUGGCCUUCAAUUCUCGACCGAAAUAUUCUUACAUCGGUAUAACCGAUCCCGACGUUCCACCGCCACUACCGAAGAAACAGGGCGCUAGUGGCGUCACCGGUAACGGAAACAAACUCGGCCUCACUGCGGUCAGAGCUCAUAGCGAAUCCACGAGUCCGAUCGAGCUAAGCGGAAACGCCAGCUCAUCGAGUCCUCUCAAACGCAUGUGGACUUGUCGCCAGUGCUCGUACGCUUACAAUCCCCUGUGGUCAUCGGCCUGCGACAUUUGUGGCUCAACGAGAUCACCCGCUUCGCUGCUACAACCCAGUGUCAUAACUGUCACCAAAGACGCUACCAACUUUCGCGGCCCGGUCGAAUCACCGAUCGUCGUUUCCCGCGACAGCGUUCGUUACAUACCUCCCAAAGCUGCGACCCUAGCAACUGCCGAAUCCGAUCUCGAAGAUCAUAUUGAACAACAGUUACCACCCUCUUGGACCUGCAAAAAAUGCACUCUCCUUAAUGCCUCGACAAGAGCAACCUGCGAAGCUUGCGGAGGCUCCAAACUUCGUAGCGUAACUCACGUCGAAGAUCCGACUUUGCGUAAAGGCGAAAGUUGGGUAUGCCCCUCCUGUACACUCCGAAAUCCCCUUACCGCCCAAAACUGCAACGCUUGUAAAACACUCGCCGAUUUUCUCGAAGUACCCCGACUUGAGACUCGCGUUUCAGGACAAAAAAGUCCUUCCCCCCGAGCCACUUGCGGCUCUCAUCACGCCAAUCCAAAAAUCAACGUCACGCCCAGGCAUCGCAAUUCCGUCAGACGAAACGGCAGCUCCGGGAUUGCUGAUAAAUUGUCAUCGAGGAUUAAGGAUAACACGAAUCCUGGUAAUACUCCAGCCGUUGGUCACACACAGUGGCAAUGUAAACUUUGUACUUACGAGAACAAAAGUACCAAUGGAAUUUGCGACAUGUGCCAAAGCUCAAAGAUACUCUCGAUGCUGGCUGUUGACCGACCGAGAAUAAGCGAACCCGGGACUAGCACGCUUCGCAUACAACGUCAAGAGAGCGUCGUUAUGGAAAAUUUACGUCAUAUAGAGGAGCGCGAGGCACUCGACAAGUGGGAAAGAAUCGUUCGCUAUUGCAAAGAAACGAACGAGCCCUUCGUCGAUGAUUCCUUUCCACCCGCUCCGAAAUCUCUCUACUACAAUCCAGCUGAUACUAAAGACAAUCACGUUGUCCAGUGGAGAAGGCCUCAUCAAAUCAACGUCGAUUCUAGUGUCGAUUCCAAGUUACCCUGGGCUGUUUUCAGAACACCAUUGCCAUCAGACAUUUCUCAAGGUGUUUUGGGCAAUUGUUGGCUACUAUCGGCACUCGCUGUACUUGCCGAGAGCGAUGAACUCGUUAGAAGGGUUUUGGUCAUGAGAGAAACCUGUCCCGAAGGAGCUUAUCAAGUUAGGCUUUGCAAAGAUGGCAAAUGGACAACUGUACUCGUCGAUGAUCUUCUUCCUUGUGACAAACGAGGACACCUCGUUUAUUCGCAGGCGAAAAGAAAACAACUGUGGGUGCCUCUGAUAGAAAAAGCAGUUGCCAAGAUCCACGGUUGUUACGAAGCUCUGGUGUCAGGUCGAGCGAUCGAGGGAUUAGCUACCCUGACCGGUGCUCCUUGUGAGAGCGUACCGCUGCAACCAUCGGCACUGCCCAGUGAGGACGAACUCGACAAAGAUCUUAUUUGGGCCCAAUUACUGUCAUCGAGACAAGCCAUGUUUCUUAUGGGUGCUAGUUGUGGCGGCGGUAACAUGAAAGUCGACGAGGAAGAGUAUCAACGAAAAGGCUUACGACCAAGGCACGCUUAUUCCGUUCUUGAUGUCCGGGACGUCCAGGGCAUAAGGCUGCUGCGAUUGCGAAAUCCGUGGGGUCACUACAGUUGGAAGGGCGACUGGUCAGACGACAGCCCCAUAUGGACGCCUCAGUUGCGAGAAAUGCUGAUGCCACACGGUGCUUCGGACGGUGUUUUCUGGAUAUCAUUCGAUGACGUGCUAAAAUACUUCGAUUGUAUUGAUAUUUGCAAAACCCGCGUUGGCUGGAGCGAAGUAAGACUGCGGGGUACGUUGCCGCCUUUGUCGUCGCUGAGGCAUUUGUCUUGCGUUCUUCUGACGGUACUCGAACCCACGGAAACGGAAUUUACGCUCUUCCAAGAGGGCCAAAGGAAUUCAGAAAAAUCGCAACGAUCUCAACUGGAUCUGUGCGUCGUUGUAUUUCGGACACGCUCGGCGGCAGCCCCGGAAGUUGGUCGGUUGGUCGAGCACAGUAAACGUCAAGUUCGAGGUUUCGUUGGUUGUCACAAGAUGCUUGAACGUGAUCUAUACGUGGUUGUUUGUCUCGCCUUCAAUCAUUGGCACACGGGUAUGGAAGAUACGUCCAGUUAUCCCGAGUACGUUCUCGCAAUCCACAGCUCUAAGAGACUUCUCGUGGAACAAAUUUCACCGCCGGCAUUCGUACUCGCAGAUGCUAUUAUUAGUUUGACCCUGGCGAAGGGACAACGGCAUGAGGGACGAGAAGGAAUGACUGCUUACUAUUUAACCAAAGGUUGGGCAGGAUUGGUCGUUAUGGUAGAAAAUCGUCAUGAUAACAAGUGGAUUCAUGUAAAAUGUGAUUGUUACGAGAGUUACAACGUUGUGUCGACACGGGGGCAACUCAGAACAGCUGACAGUGUUCCACCUUUGCACAGACAAGUGAUCCUCGUGUUAACGCAAUUGGAGGGUAGCGGUGGUUUUUCCAUAGCUCAUCGUCUAACCCAUCGCUUGGCCAACAGUGGCAAUCUCCACGAUUGGGGUCCUCCGGAUACGCAGCAUUUUCCACAGAUCGACACUCAGGUCGAGGGUCUUCAUAGUCCUCGUUUAAUCACCUGAAUAUCAAAAGUGUCUGAAAAUCGGUACGAUUCUUGAAAAUUCCGAAGAAACAUUUUGUUUCGGUGCUACAUGCGACAAAUCCACGAGAGAUAUCGUAACGGGGAUCCUUGAACGAAACCUCCGAUAGUCAACAUUCCCCAAGUACGUCUUAGCAUUUCAAUUCGUUACGACUGCAAGCAAUGCAACUCCGAAGAACGAUAAAUAAAACAAACGAAAAAUAGUGUUACGAAAAACGGAUUUUAAGAAAAUCAUCGAAUAUAUAAUUCGACGUUCCGAGUGGUGUCUAAUGUAGAGUGAACGACGACGUUCACGAAAUACUUUGCUUGCGAUAUACGAACAAAGACACAAUUAUUUUCUCAACUUAACGAUUAAGUGUCUGCCGCGUGAAUGCGGCGAGCGACGAACGCCUGAACGAAGGUGCGGUUGAAAUUCUUGUUUUUAAGAUGUAGGAUUAAUGAAUCUCUCGAAUAGCAAAUACGUUAUUCUUAUUAUAAUCAUUAUAAUUUAAUCUUGAUAUUAUUGAUUUAUUUUUAUAAUAAUGCGAGUUCACCUAUGGUGGCUCCAUAGUUGUAUUUAGGAACGCGUUUUUCAUUUAGUUACAAUCAAAUUUGUUAAAAAUUCUUUUCACUAUCGCAUAGGCUCGAAUAUUUUUUUCUCUCUCCGACGUAUCCACUGAGAUUGAGACCACACUCCGGCUAUAUUAGUGUAUUGCUAAGACACCAAAGAUGUUCGGAAGAAGUUAAGCCUUUUUUGUUCAAGAGUCGCGAGAUUCCGUUGUAGUCGAGCGACACCAGUCUGAAUUUAUCGAUGAGAGUGAAUCUUUGUAGAAUUUUUUUGUAACUCCUGGUUGAAUCGUUUUUAAUGCGUUUUUGCUCGGCCUGUCUCGAAAAAGCGGUACUCGAGACGAACAAUGAAUAAUUGAUUUUUGAACUGAACAUUUUCUCGAUGUGCGGUCAUGUUAAAUAUGUAUAGACAUCUUCAAUCAGGAUAUAAUUAGUUUCUUUUUUAUUGUUAUAUACUCGAAGCACAAAUUGAGAUAUAAGUUAUUCCACGAUCAAUGCUCGUUGGUUUUUUGUAUGAUUCGUGUACAAAAACACUGCUGUUAUCGCAGAAUUAUUAUUUCUUUCUCAAUAUUUCUUGCACGAAUCUCAGUUUCAUAAUGUGAAAAUACGAUGAAAAAAACAACUUUAUCGAAGAUCAUUCGUUGCAAAUCGUGAUGGGGAAAGACCAUUUUUUUUCUAUGUACAUUCGAACGAGUUACUCGGGGGAUUUUUCGGUAUAGGGAGUGGAGGGUGAAUCGUCUGUGUUCUAUUGUUGAUAAUAUCAACAUUGAUUAGAAAAAUCAUAGUUUUUUUUUGCAUUUCUAUUAUUAUUUUUUAACUUCAAUAAAUAAUAAUUACGAGAGCCGUAAAUGACGCAAUUGCCAGGCAUUGUUUUUUGCUCCCGGUGGCACAACCAGUUCGGUAUUGUCGAUAAUUGGGAGAAUAAAAGUCCCCAUGACGUAUACUUUAGGAUGUAUAAUAUAUAAAGUUUCACUGGUGAGAAUGAGAGCGCGAUGGUGCCAGUGUACAUUGUGACGUUACCAUAAAUACUUCGUGAACUACACAAAAAUAGAGGAGAAAAUUAAAACGAAUAAUUAUAAAUAAAGAAUUGAAAGAAAUAAUUUCACCAUAUUUCAAAUAAUGCGAAACUCGAAAAUGAACAUUCGUGAUAUUUAAUGUUUGGAAAACGUCAAACUGCCGUAUCCCAUUAGUCCUUUGACAAUGGUUGACAAAAACAGAAUUUUCAUAAAGGAUGUAGCGCAGAGCCAUUAUUUCGACAAUUCAUGCAUUUCAAUUGAGAGUGAGAGAAAAAAAAAGCGAAGAAGAGAAAAAAGGAACAAGUAGAAAUUGAAAAUUGUCUGCACCGUACUACACUGGAACGUAGUGAUGUGACAAUAUCUAACGCUGUGAUCAGUCGAUCACUUUUUUUGGACGCGAAAAAGCCGCGAUCUGAAGGUGCCUGUAGAUGUGUGAUUGUAAACAAACGAAAGCUUACAAACUUGUUUCAAAGAUUAAAAAAAUAAAAAAAUAAAAAAAACAACGGUAAACGACUAAUAAAAUAGUGUUGAACGAUUGCACUGACAGUAAUUGAGAGUUUUCGAGUGAUCCGCUACUUUCUGAAUAGCGUAAAUAUCUUUCGCACCGAAAAUUUUGGUUUUUAGGUUGUUCAUUCGUUCAUCAGUAGUCGAAUCAUGUUAUUCUGCUAAACUUUUGCUUUCUCACGCUCAUUCGUAAUUCUCAGUUGUUUUAUAUUCCUCUCGCAUUGAUAUUUCCAAAGUUUGGCUCGUUGUUAUCGAAAGUGAAGAUUUGGCAAAGCGCUUCAACCACCGAGCUCGGUGGCUCUCAUCUCCAGAGCCAAUUCUUCCUUGCGUUCAGGCAGUUACGAGUUUACAUUAGUCUCAUUAAUUUGCAAGCGAUUACGGGGCUUGUGCGAACUAAAUAGGAACAUACGUAAACACGGAAAUACCGAAGAAUAUAAAACAGUCAAGGACACAACAUAACGCAAACGCGCGCCCUCGCUUUUUGACGAUUCCGAAGGAUUAUUGAGCUGACCACUUGUGCCAUACAUAAUUGAACAUUUAGAUCCAAAAAGAUAAAGAAAAUGAGAGAAAAAAGAGUGAGCUAAUGAGGAGGAGGAGGAGGAGGAGGAGGAGGGACAGAGACAGAGAAAAGAAACCAAGAAAAACAUAGUGAUCGAUAAUAAUUUUAUAGCGAAUCAUUCCAUUGGCACGUCACGAUGUACCGCGAGACCCUUUUUUCUCUGACGACACAAAAACAACAAAAAAUUCUAUUUUACAUAACGCGUAGUUGGCGAAGAAGUUGUAAUGUUGUAUGAAAAUGAAAAAAAAAAAAAAAAAAAAAAAAAACGAAACGAAACAAAAGAAAAAAAAGAACAAAGCAAAUAUUCAUAUGAAAACUAAACCAUGAAAAAUUGAUAAAAUUAUAACAAAUAACGUAAUUAUAAAGACAAAAAGAACUGCGAUUAGUUUUUACUUCAGAAUUUUUCGUUCCCGAAGUUUCUCAGAGCGAAUCGAAUUUCGCAUAAUGUUGAAUUUCGUAAUAAGUAUCGAUUCAGCUUCGUGAUAACGAGCUUCGGUAUGUCCGGUUAAAAGCCAUAACCAAAUAAAUAUGAAACGAUAUUGAAUUUUGAACUUUCACGUGUCUCGGGAUAUUUUAUCAUCGGAACGGUUUUCUUUAUCUUUUCACUUAGUGAAAAGGAAAAGAGUCGAAAUAGAAGGAAGAUGAAAAUUCGAGUUGUAUAUAUGUGAAAAGAGGAAAAUUGAGCGAGCGAGAGAGAGAGAGAAAGAGAGAGAGAGAGUGAAUACAAAAAACAACGUUGGCAUAUUUAUUCUUUCGAGGCAGCUAGGAAAAUGGAAAGAAGAAAAAGGAAAGAAGUUUGAAACGAUGGAAAAAUAUGAUAAGAUAAAGAAGAGAGAAAUGGUAAAAAAAAUGAAUUUGCACAUCGCUGGCGUUCUACGUUCACAGUUUAAUUUGCAUGCGCUUCUCGUCGUCGUUGUCAUAGCGUUAACCUAUAUGAUAACGCCGUAAUAACAUUUUUAUUAUCGUCAUUAUGGUUAUUAUUGAAAAGUUAGUAAUAUAUUGAAAAUUGCAAGUAAAAAAGAAGAAAAAAAAAAACAACUGGAAGUGAACACGAAGAAAAAAGUGGCACGUCGACGGGACGAGUAUGUCGACGUCGAUUCAGAGUGUGAUAUGUAAAAAAAAAAAAAACGAUGCAGAUUUAGACGCACGCGAUCGCGAAAUUUUUCGGUAGUAGAAAAUUUCCAAAUCGAAAAAUAUAUAUCAUUUUUAAUAUAAUUUUGAAAAUAAUAUUUAAGCGCUUGUUUGUAAAUGCAAAAAUCGCCUAGAUUUUCUGACAACCGUAAAUUCGAAGUUGUUCAUUUUUAUGGAUACAUUAACCUCGAUAUUUGUGAAAGAAUUGAAGCGCGAUCAGCAGAAAGAGCGAAGAAUUUGAUAGAUAAUUGUUAUUUUCGUUUUGAAAAUUUUCGAAUGUCUCGAAGUACUUGGUACUUCCGUUAAAUUAGUCAUUUUCGAGUAAGUCACGAAAUUAGUAAAGUAAUGCCCGUUUGGAGUUUGGUGUGUCGUGUGUGUGCGCGCGCGUGUGCGUUCGUCGAGGAUACAAAGAAAUCUGAUAUAAAUGUGAUAUCCAACUUUUUCAAUUGCCAAUCGAGAUCAGAUAAUAUGCAAUACGUCUUAGUACAUAUAUUUACUCUCGUACAUGGCCAUCGAUCAUUUUCAUUUCUUUUUUUUUGUCUGUCCUUUUUUCAGUUUUUGGGUUAUGUUAUCGACGCGAGUACUCGUUACGUCUGCACGUCGCCAGCCCAAAGUACCUAGACAUACUAUAUUCUUAAUAUGUGAAAAAAACAAAAAUAUUAAAAUAAAUAACAAUAAUUGAAGAAAUACGUGUCUCACUGUAUUUGUAUGAUAAUGCAUAGGUUAUGGGUCCGCGAAGAUGUUGUCGAAAACACGUCGCCCUCCUCAAGGGAGAAGAAACCGAGUGAGAACAAGAGAAAAACAAAAACAGAGCGAGAGAGAGAGAACGAUGAAAAAUACCCCGUGUACUGCGUGUAUGGCGCUCCAUUUUUGUAAGAAUAUGUUAAUUUUCGAGAAAAAACGAGAGAGACAGGGAGAAAAAGUGAGGGAGAAGGAUGAUGAAAAAAAUGACAUGAUACGGAAUGACAUGCAGAGGGAUGAGAGUUCGCGUAAACCCUUCAAAAAAGUAGGGAUUAGCACCAUUCGAAGAAAAAAAAUUAAAAACAAAAAAAAUAGAUCUUCAAUCUUCUUUAACACAUAAUAAUUGUCAAUAAUUCAUAAAUUAUAAAUGUUUAAUGAUAACAUCGAUUAUACUAGCAUUUUAUAACAAAUACAUUGAUAAUUAUUAUUUUGCUGAUUACAAUGUAUGUUUUUUUCAAUUGAAAAAUCAUUGGAAUACUUUAUGUUGGUGCAAAUCUCUUCCUACUCCCAAAGUUCUGCCUACGUCUGCCUGCCUACAUAAGGACGGAUCUUACCAAGGUACUUUUGUCUUAGGAAUACGUAUAUAUUUCUGUAGGCGAAGACUCUGCCCGUAGGUUCGAAACACCAAAAUUAUUUGGUAAUAUCUAUAAAACGAAAAAUUUGCAGAUUAACAUCCCAGAAUGUGAGCAAUCAAUAAUGUGAUAGACCCGUGAACAAACUGUGUGAACGCUAACUCAAAUUGAUCCAAUGAAUUUGGGAAUAAAAGUGAAAAAAAUUGCGUAUAUGACAACACUGUUCGAUUCGGAUGGACUUGAACUGAACGAGGUGCGGAGAAAGACGGUGGUGUAAUCGUGAAAUGUUUGUCUUUACUUUCGCCAGCCAUUAUAUUGAAUGUAUAUAUAUAAAUAAAUAUCAAGAAUAUUGACAUGCAUACACAUGUACUGUAUGUAUACGAGAUAGAACUUCAUAUUUAUAUUAUAUAUUCAAUAUAUAAAACAAAGAAGCAACAAUUUUGAAUAUUUACUACCGUAUGUUUAAAAAACAAAACAAAACAAAAUGAUAUCGAAAUUGUGUUGUCCCCCGAUUUGUAUCGUGUAGGCACGUUUAAUAAUAAAUCGAAAUAUUAUCUA